CAUAUUUCCACAAAUUAAAGAAAACUCGUAGUAGAUACAAGAUCCCAGCCAAAUACUUGGCUUUUGCCUUAUACGGUGGCUUUGUAAUACCCUUGUUGCCGUCGUUCGGACUGUUUAGUUGACCAUUACUUAAACGUUUCUACCACUGUUACACUCUCGUAAAGCUUAUGCAGUAGUUAAAUGCGCUCCUGGUCAUAUAGUCGUUAACAAAUGUCGAAGGGCAUGUGGCCCGUCCACACGAUGCAACGGUUACUCCUCUGAAAAGCGCACUUAAUGUCACGACUAAAACUGCUACUUGCUCUUGGCUGCGUCUGCCUCGGACCGCUGCUUGUCAGCGGCACCGACGCCCAUGACGCUGACGCAGAACCCGAGACCGCUCAGAGGCGCCGGCACCUGCAAGCUUAUAACAGAGAAGCUCUUGCAAGGCUCCGAUUUCUGGCGUCAGAGCAGCUCUCCCAAUCCCCAGCAACCCUAACACCCUAUCCACAACACCGCACGGGCGCCAGUCGUCGUCGACGGCUUGCCAGCGCUGCUGAGCCCUACUACGCCACGCAGUGCCUGUACGAGCCCCCUUCCCCCACCUCACCUCCAUCCACACCCGAUUCCUCUGCCUCACCCCCUUCACCGCCCCCAUCCAGCGACGCUACCGCCGCUAGCCACCGACGCCGACAGGCCCUGCAGGCCUCCACCAGCGACUCGGGAACCCCCUCCACCCCCCCCACCACCAGCGAUGCAACCAGCACCAGCAGCACCACCGGCACCUGCUAUCUGAACCCCGCUGUGCUGGCGCACCCCGACUUCCCCGCCCCGGAGACCCCCAUCGAGAUCAUGCUGCUCAAGUCCGCCUGGACCGCCUACCAGUGCAGCUUCAUGGACCGGAAGGGCCGCUGCGGCACCUACCGCCACGAACCCUACGACUGCAGGUGGCAGGCGGAUCAGGGGCGCUGUGCCGUACCCUCCGACUACCUGUUGCCGCGGCUGCUGACCUACCUGCACUGCCAGGACGCGGGAGACACGGAGAUGACGCCGUUUUGGGACCGCUGCUACCAGGUCGGCGUCGUGCUGACCGGCGGAGACAACGACUGGUGCGGCCAGAGCGACGGCAACCUGGCCCGCUGCUGGUGGUUCCCCGCCCGCAACGACAGCGAGGCCGACACCUGCGGACCCAGCCCGGCGGGCGGGGUGAAGGACCGGGACAGAUACGAUCAGCUGGUGUCCAGCAUACGGAGCGGCAUCUGGCAGCGCGAGUGGUUCGGCAGCUGCCCCACCUCCGACCUCGUUUGGACCAUCAAGAGCGCCUGCAACUACACCACCCCCGAGGACUGCGCGGCCGACCCCGUGUGCCGCCUGGCACCCGACCGACCGGCCGAGUACGGCAUGUGUCGUCUGCGGGACGAGCUGGUGUGGUUGGAGCUGUUCGGAGCGGAUAGCGCCCUGUUCAACGCCACAGCCCAGGCCAUGUCCGAGUGCGCAGCCGCCUCCUCCAGUCUGGAGUCGUGCAUGGCAGCAGGCAGCCUGGGCCCCCCGGGCGGGCCGGUGCCGCUGGACGCCAGCAAGUUCGGUGACGUGGUGGACCUGGUGUUUAUCGAGGAGGUGACCCCUGGGUCGGCGGCCCGGGGGCUGCGGGCGGCGGCGGUGAGGACGUUGGUGAUUGGGCUGGGGGUGGUGGUUGGGUUGGGAGGACUGCUGCGGCGGGGUGAGGGAGGGUGGUGGUGAGGCAGCGGUGGGGUCAUGCACCGUCGGGGCUAUUGAGGUACGCGGAUGAGUUAACGUGAACGUGGAUAGGUGUGGAUGGGCAGACAGCCGAGUUGUGGCUUACUUUUGUAAUGGAUGUGAUAGCGAGUCGCUGCAUGUGAUAUAUGCCCCGAGAAAGUGAAAGGGUAAUAGAGGAACGACCACCACUUAGGUCGUGGCGUGCACAUAUACGGUGCUGCUAAAUGCUACCGUAUACUGAGAUACGGUACUUUGCAUCAUUUCGGUAGGUGUGCGGGACAUGCGUCUUUGUGUGGUUGCGCUGCCAACACCGAGGGAAGUUGGAGGGAAGUUGCUUGUACGAUACUUCAGUACCCUUGGGUGUUUGCGUUAGUAUAGGUUACAAUGGCAAUGUGCGGCUG